UCAAUUUUGGCGCUCUUUUUCAUAAUGAGUAUCACGUGACACUCACGUGCAGAAACGAACCGACUGUCUGUUGCUGAUCAAAAAUCUUUUGCAUUCUUCUUUCUUUAGUGUUCUCCUCAUUGUCUCUCUUUCGUUUCUUUUGCAUUUUUCUCGAGAAAAAUCCAGAGAGAGAGAAAGUCUUCUGAUUAGAAAGAAAAAAGCCAUUAUUGGUUUUCCCGGAGAUCUAAUCAUGGAGACGGAGUCGUCAUCAAAGGCUCAAAAAGAAACUGACCAGAAAAUUGAUCCAGAUCGCUCAGUAAAGCAUGACGACGCUCACGCUCAUGAUGAGCUGAUGAAAACAGAGGAGAAACCAAACGCCACUCGCGCUUCAGCUCUUGAUACUAUACUCAAGUCUCUCUGGAAAAUCAGCGUUUUCAGAAAAGAGCUUCUGUCCAGCUUCACUGAAGAUGAAUUCGUUUUUGAACUCCGUGAUUUCGUUCUCAGCAAUCUAUCUCUCAUGGAACCAAACGGUGUUUAUGACUUGUUGGUCACCAUCUUGGAGCUUCUUCCUCGCUGGGAAACUGGAUAUGAACCUCUUCAAUCCAAGUUUGAAGUUUACGAAACGCUCAAAAAGAUGUGCAACAGAUGCAAAUUGGAUACCGAAUAUCCACUCCAACUUGCUUAUGGUCCAAUCGUGAUUGCUAAUUCACUCAGAGAAUUCAAGUCUGCAUUUGAGGAUUUGACAUUUGAGAACCUCCUUAAGGUUAUCAGAACCACCUUGAUGAUGCCUUGUGACAAGGAAGGAUGUGAGAAACGAAACUACGUUGAACGUGUGAUCAAUACCCCCCUUCCAUCUGUUUUCACAAUUGCACUUGAGUGGGAGAACAACGAGACUGAAGAAGAGAUCUCUGCUACAACUUCUGUUCUGGCUACUGAAAUUGAUAUCAGUGAGAUAUGCAAAUACGAAGGUGACAGUGUGUUCACUAAGUACCGUCUUGUGUCCAUGGUUUGCUUGUGCGGAGAUCAAUACAAUUGCAUAUCUUACGAAAACGAUAGAUGGAUCAGAUACUUCGCUUCCAAGAAAGAGGCUAUUGGAGAUUGGAACAGUGUUCUCACCAGUUUUGUAAAACUGAAGAUUCGACCUGAGAUUCUGUUUUUUGAAAAUGUGAGGGGCCAGAUUAUGGGGACGGACAAGAUUGUGUUCGGCAGCUUGGUUUAAAACAUUCUCAAGACAAAUAAAAGCUUUUUCAAUGAUAAUGUAGGAAAGGGAUUCGUUGUAAAUGCAAAACUUUAGAACUGAUGUUUGGGUCUUUAAGUCAAAACCUUUACAGGGUCUUAGUAGAAUAAUGCUUUGGAUUUUAAAGCACUGUGAACAUAUUUGUCUCCCUUUUUUCCUUUCUU